AUUCUCAGGACUGGAGACUGAUACCGCAAUACCCACGGAAGAGGCGUACGUUAUCUAUGACGAAGAUUAUGAAUUUGAGACCUCGAGGCCACCAGCUACCACCAGGCCUUCCACUACGGCUGCGGUGUCUGAGGUCAUCCCGCCAGAAGGCUCCAUUAGCUCCUUUCCUGAAGAAGAGUUGGAUCUGGCUGGAAAGAAACGAUUUGUUGCUCCUUAUGUGACAUACCUAAGUAAAGACCCAUCAGCCCCAUGUUCUCUGACUGAUGCUCUGGAUCACUUUCAAGUGGAUAGCCUGGAUGAAAUCAUUCCAAACGACAUGAGGAAGAGUGACCUGCCUCCUCAGCAUCCCCCCCGCAACAUCACUGUGGUCGCUAUGGAAGGCUGCCACUCAUUUGUCAUUGUAGACUGGGACAAAGCCACCCCAGGAGAUGUGGUAACAGGUUACCUGGUUUACAGUGCAUCCUAUGAAGACUUCAUUAGGAACAAGUGGUCCACUCAAGCUUCCUCAAUAACUCAUUUGCCCAUUGAGAACCUGAAGCCAAACACAAGGUAUUAUUUUAAAGUUCAAGCCAAAAAUCCACAUGGCUACGGACCCAUCAGCCCUUCGGUCUCAUUUGUUACAGAAUCAGACAAUCCUCUGCUUGUUGUGAGGCCACCAGGUGGUGAGCCCAUCUGGAUCCCAUUUGCUUUCAAACAUGACCCUAGCUACACCGACUGCCAUGGUCGGCAGUAUGUGAAGCGGACGUGGUAUAGAAAAUUCGUGGGAGUUGUUCUUUGUAAUUCACUGCGGUAUAAGAUCUACCUUAGUGACAAUCUGAAAGGUAGGUCUUUGAGAAUGGUGUGGUAUGAGAAGGUAUGGAAAUUUUUUAUUUUAUCAGGUACUAACUUGACAUAUUUUACCAGGUACUAACUUGACAUAGCAGGUGCAUCAGAAUGUAUUUGAGCUGUGGACCCAUCAUAUCUCACUGUGGCUUGAACACAAAUCAGUUUUUCAGGCUCUACUUUGGAGUUACUAGUUUUUACUUUGACACCCAGAAAUACAUAUCUAUAAUUUUUUAAA